CCGGCAGCAUCGUCCGCUCGAGCACCUAGCAGCACGGAACCCUGCGAACGCGAGGAGAUCCCCGGCCGCUCCGGGGAGGAGAGAGAUGGAGCUAGACCUUCUGGGGCUCGGCUUGCCGCCGGCGACUGCGGCCGUGGUCGGCCACGGAGGUUCAGCGGGGCAGCGGCAUUGUUACGGGCAGGCGGCCUUCGACGAGCCCCUUCGUUUCGCGGCGGCGCCCGAGGCCCCUUCGCCGUUGCGCGCGCGCGUGCGCCGGCGCCCCGUGGGCACGGACGACGACGUCCCUGCGCCUCCGGCGAACAGGUUGAAGCCCUCGUCGACGGCGCCGUGGCCCGCUCAGCCACCGUUCCUGAAGGUUUGCAUUCCGGGCGCCGCUGGAGACAAAUCUCCACGAGCCUCUCAGCUCGGUUCUUUCAUGGGGAUAUUUCCAUCGGCGCCGAGCGUGCAGCACGCCAUUGCCACGAGCACGCCGUCGCCGCAAGGCGCCAGCGCCCCCGCUGUAAACGGAUUCGGCAGGACACCACCGGCUGCCGCAGGGCCAAUCUUUGAGGGGUCCGCGGCAGCGUCCAGGUCCAGCAGCGAUCCAGAUCAUUCCAGGGCGCCAUUGACGAUAAUCUACGCUGGCUCUGUGCGUGCAUUCGACAGUGUACCGAUGGAACAGGCUGAGAAGAUUCUGUUUCUGACUGCAAAAGAGGCUCAAGCUGCAGAAACCCCGGCCUACCAACAGCCAGUGCCGCAGUCGGAACUAGCUGCUGCACCCCCAAGUAGUGCAGCGCAGGUGAUGAUGCUCUUGGGUUUGGCUAAUGUCAAAGAUAGUCUUCUACCGAAGAGGACGGCGUCCCUUGCCCGCUUCCUGCAUAAACGCAAGCAAAGGCAGGCGAUAAUUACUCCGUCACACAAAGCCCCGUUUGUGGACAUGGAACAUCCAUGGGCCUUCGAGGAUGGUCCAAAGAGCAUGAAAGAAAAUCAUGGCGAGGAGGCAGUAAACACUGAGCUAAAGAUUUAGCUGGUGGUGUAAAGUCAUCGGUCCAUAUCUCGGUUUCAGUUUUACUAACAACUUCUUGCCGAUCCAGGCCAAAUUUUGGAUCACUCUGGUAGAUUUUGAGCCACCAAUCUGAGCAGAAAAUCUUCUGGUGCAUGCAUUGGAUUGCAAGAGCUUCAUAGAGAGAUUGACUUCAGUUCCUGCACAUUCUUGGUCUUCAACUCGGAUUCUCUCAGAAAUUUUUGUGGCUCAUUCAUAUCAGAAACCCCAUAUAGGAUCUAUGCUGUACUAAGAUCAGCUAACCUGUUGUACCAGAUCAGUGUGACCGCUAAUUGCACAUCUUUGUGUGGCGGGGGUGCAACAGUGUUGGGCAGCACGUGUUGAUGUCUUGAUCCUUUAGUCACUAUGGUUUUUUUUUGUUCUGUUGUU